AUGUCCGCCGAAGUACAAGAGCAGCCGUCGUUGACCAAGGUCGACUCUGCCGUCGAUGACACCGUGCCCGCAUCGCCUACCGAGAGCAAGGUGAAGCACCGGAGAACGAGCAGCACCGUGAGUGGUGUCUUCAACAUCAAUGACCUUGAAAAGGAAGGAGUAGAACUCAAGAUCGCUCCAGAGACCCAGAAGCUGAACUGGAAGCUGAACACAUCGCCCACGUCAAUUGACGACAAGGAGGUCCUCAAGAAGCUCCUGACAACACCCCCCAUCAAGAAGAUCGACCUCGCCUUCCCGCUAGGCCUUGAGGUCACCGCGCGGAACCUCAAAGGCGUCACCAUCAAGGAUGCCAUGGAUGCCAUCCACAAGCAGUUCAAGAAGAAGGCCGAUGAUGAGCUAGAAAACCCCUACCUCGCUGGAUUCGAGUGGGACCGAGAGGAAUGCUACACCAAGUUCAUCGUACACCAGAAAGCCACAGGAGAGGCACCAAUCGGCGGCUCCAAGAAGAAGAAGGGCAAGAGCGAAGACGCCUAA